CCAUCUGGCGGCCUAAUUAUCAUCCUCGUGUAUUAAUAAGGAGAGAACGGGCUUGGUGGAUCAAAUGCUGAUUAAUGUUUAAUAGAAAGUAGAUCGCCAUUUGCCACAGGGAGUGUUGUACUUGAAUUUGUUUCUUGUCAAGAUUUUACUGGAAAUAGUGUGAACUAGGAAGUCAGGUUAACUGGAACUUCGCUGAGGUUUCAUUCAGACUGGCUAGGUCCGAGGCGGCGUGAAGAAGCAAGCGAAAACGCGCAUAUUAAUUUUAAGUGAAAACAAUCUAAAUCGUACAUUUCUGUCUCCUCAAUUUUGACGUAAUUUUCAGUGAAUGACGCGAAUUAAAAAUGGCGGAACGAAGAAUAGUUUGUGUAUAUGGUUCCGUAACGGGGAAAGCAGAAAGUAUAGCUGAACAGCUGGUGGAUACCGCUAAAUCUAAGGGAGUCCAGAUCGAAUUAUAUUCGUUUGCGAAGUUCGGAACAGAAUGGAGUCUAGAGAAUCUUGAUAUUCUGAUUAUUGUCAGCUCAACUACAGGAGAUGGAGAACAACCAGAGACGUUAACAAAAUUUUGGAGAAAACUUCGGCCGCGUACCUUGCCUUCUGAUCAUCUGUCUCAUGUUAGUUUCUCUAUUCUUGGUUUAGGAGAUACUAACUAUAAUCAGUUCUGUAACGGACCUAAAAAUCUUCACAGACGACUGCGGGAGCUAGGAGGGAAAGAGUUCUACGCAGCAGGAUGGGCAGAUGAUGGUAUUGGAUUAGAGCUAGUCGUUGAACCUUGGCUUGAAGGUCUCUGGCCUAAACUUGAUCGGCUUAUUAAGGGUGAAUCAGAUCAAUUGUCUGGUCAAGUAUCCGGUCAAGUAUCUGGUCAAGUAUCCGGUCAAGUAUCUGGUCAAGUAUCCGGUCAAGUAACCGGUAAAGCAUCCGGUCAAGUAUCCGCAAAUAUGUCGGUCAACUUCGCCUAUAUGAAGGAACCGGAGGAUAUUAAACUAGAUGUUCUAGUACUCUCCGAGCCUAGUAAAUCAGAUGCUCCGGAGCCGGAGCUGAAUGUUCCGACCCUCCUCUUCUCGGAGAAACUAUCUGGAGAAAAACUAGAUCUGCCUGCGGUUCCUCCAAGGUUUAUUGAAGUUGAGUUUAUAGAUUCAGUUAACUCCGAUUCAUCCAUUCAUCAGAAUAAUAUGAAACUUCCGUUCUCCACCCAACCAUUACAAUCCGCCAGGAUUGUAUCAAACCGUCCGCUCUCUUCUCCUAAUGCUGUGAAAACCUACAUGGAGCUUGAGUUGGAACCUGACAAUUGGUUCGAAUAUCAGCCCGGAGAUUCUUUGGGUUUGGUUUGUAACAACUCAGAAACAGAAGUACUUGAAUUAUCCCGUAUCUUGGGUCUAGAGUCUAGAUUAAACUCGUCUUGUUCUAUAUCUGUCAUGAAAGAGACCAAGAAGGCCAGAGCUAAAAUUCCAGAGUUUGUGUCAAGUCCAACCGGGUUCAAAUCCCUGCUCGAGUCAAGUCUAGAUAUCCGUUCCGUUCCCAAGAAAUUAUUUCUCCGUUCUUUAUCAGAGUUUACGUCAAACCCGGAGCAUAAAAGAAGAAUUGAAGAACUUUGUAGUAAACAGGGAUCUGAAGAAUAUAUGAAACUUGUGGUUGAACCUAAACUUGGACUCUUAGAUUUCCUUCAAGCUUUCUCCUCCUGCUGCCCGCCCCUAUCCUUGCUCAUAGAACACUUACCCCGCCUUCUCCCAAGAUAUUAUUCCUUCUCCUCCUCUCCAACCAGGCAGGACAAAUGGAUGAGUUUUUUAUACACUGUAGUUGAACGCCCCCGGCCUGGACUAUCAACUAGUUGGAUGAGAACCUUGAACCCAGGAGAUAGUUUGCGGAUUUAUCCCAGAACAAGUUCCGGAUUUCAUCCUCCGGAGAACCAGACCCAACCCUACAUCAUGGUUUGCGCAGGAAGUGGUUUGGGACCUUUUCUAGGGUUUCUUGAGCAAAGAGAAACUUUAAACCCUCCGAAAAGCAAGGCUUGGUUGUUUUUUGGUUGUAGGAACAAAGAGAAGGACUUCCUCCACGGGGAGAAACUUCUCCGGUAUGAGAAGGACGGGAUACUAUCCAACCUAACCGUCGCCUUCUCCCGGGACAGUACUGAGAACGGAGUGAAGUAUGUCCAGGAUGCCCUGGAGAAGAAUGGAUCUGUGGUUGGGAAGCUUCUGUUAGAGGAGAAUGCUGUAGUUUACGUGUGCGGAGACGCCAAGGAUAUGGGGAAAAGUGUGUACAACGCUUUUUCACGAAUUCUCGACGCUUCUGGUUCCGACGGAGCUAAGUAUUUAUUACAAAUGACGUCAGAGAAACGAUAUAAACAAGAUCUUUGGACGUAAACAAAUAUCAAAACCUAGCUAAAUGGUGCUAUUUUAUACAAUUUAUAAAUUUACAUUUUUAUACUUCACGAUUUAUUGUUUGAACCACUAGAGAUAUUCUUUUAUAAAUUUAUAUUGUUUGUUUUCAGAAA